AUGGAGUUCGUGAUUACCGCCUCGGGUUUAUGACCACCGCCUUGAAUUCAUGAUCACCGACCGGCAUGGGUUCAUGAUCAUCGGAGGCGGUGCCGCCACCAUCGCAGGCGGACGGAGGACACGCGAGCGGACGGACGACGAUACGACGAAUGCGGCGCUCGAUGAUGCGGAAGCAAAGCACAGAAGCGCCCGUUGCCUAAUCGGGAUGAAGGUCAAUGACGCCACCAAGCGCUAAAGCCUUCGUCCUGUGUCUACUGUGCACAGCUUUGAUUUCUCUGGGCAUUCCCCUUCCACUCACGCAUCGUAUUCUGGGGCCAACUGAGUAUCUCUUUCUCAGCGUCUCGAGGUCUGCUUCUGACUUGCCCUAUGCCCUGCAGCCGUGCACCUCGGGCGAACAAGCGCUAGAGAAGGCAAGCAGCGCUUACAACGAGAGACCAAGCGCUUGCGGACGUCAACCGCUGUCCCGCCUCGGCAUCCGACUCGGGCACGGACUCUUCGCGGUGAGUCAGGCUGACGAAGCAUCCUCCGCUCUCCCGUCGCACGAGGGACGCCUCUGCCGGAGAGACACCGCGAAAGACACGCAGGACUGAAUAUACGCAGUUGUCGGGACCGCGCUUUCCUGCGCGGGCGUCUGAGAAGUGAAUAGUUGACAAAUCAGUGAGCCUUUGCCGGCCCGCU